AUGGCGAUUGAACCUCUCCGUGACAAUCUGGACACCCUCGAAGCAACCGACUGGGCAUACGAAGAUGAAUCCUCCUCCCAGCGGCAACUCGCCGUGUACAAGUACAACCACGGCCUGAGUGGUCCACACUCGACAGUUCUCUCCCGAGCCAACCAAGCAAGUGUCAAUAGCAGCCAUGGGCAAACCAAAUUUCAGAUUGCUGCAGGGGGUAGCCCUGAGCACCGCCGGAUCAGAUCAAACGAUGCUCUUCACUACAUAAGCCAGAUGUUGAUGGAAGACAUUGACGAGGGGGUUGACAUAUGCCAAGGGGCUGCUCUUCAGGCUGCUGAGAAGCCAUUCCGUGACAUUCUUGGGGAGGCAUACACGCCGCCUACUAACAGGCCGACAUUGCAUGGCAACAACAAGCAAGACAACCCUGAUAAGAGUGAGACCAGCUGUUACAAGAGGCUCUGGAGCACUAGCUUCAGUAAUGACUGUUUCAGUUACAGCUUGGUACAACCCUUGACAGCCCCGUUGAGUCCAUAUAUUAGCAACAGUAGUCUUUUUGUACCAAACCAGCCAUUGACAAGUGUUGAAUGGGCUUCCGAAUCUGGCUUCCCUGACUUGCAUCGUCAGACAGGGAACGACACACUAUAUAUUUCCCAACUGACUAGGAAGGCAAAAGUAGGAGAGAGGAGCAAAAAUGCAAUCUUUGAGGUGGCGGACCAAAGGGACUGGGAUAUCAUUCAAGAAAGGAGCAAUAAACAUCAUGUCAUCACCACUUGUGCAAUAAUUCGAAGUGAAAAUUUCGACCGAGUUCUGCUAUGCUAUGGUCGGAAGAGUUUUGACCAAAUAACAAGACUGCGAGAAAGGAUGGCGGAGACAGGAGAAAAGAACUCACUGAAAGGUCGGAGCAAAGGACAUCGGAAGCUAUGGGCUAGGAAUCAACCGAGGGAAGGGUUGGUUGAUCUCAGGAUACUCCUCGUCCAAUGCGCACAAGCUGUGGCAGAAGGCAACCACCUGUUGGCCAGUGACCUCCUAAAGAAGAUAAGGCAACACUCCUCAGCAGAUGGUGAUUGUAAUCAGAGACUGGCAUUUUACUUGGUGGAUGGCCUCGAGGCACGCUUGGCUGGGAUCGGGGUUCAGGUUUAUCGCAACCUCAUGGAGAGGCGAACAAGUACCACAGAUUGGUUAGAGGCUUACAGCCUUCUUCUUGCAGCUUGCCCUUUCAAAAGGGCGGCAUACUACUUUGCCAACCAAACUAUUCUUGACGUCUCACAAAGGCAACCAAGGGUGCACAUCAUCGAUUUUGGCAUCAGCUUCGGCUUUCAGUGGCCAUUAAUGAUUCAGAGGUUUGCAGAGCGAGAAGGAGGAGCCCCUAACCUUCGGAUAACAGGCAUAGAAGUUCCCCAGACAGGUUUCCGCCCCUACGAAAUGAUCAAGGAGACAGGGAAGCGGUUGGAAGAUUAUGCAAACACGUUCAAGGUACCUUUUCAGUAUCAGGGCCUUGCCGCUUCAAGAUGGGAGGCCAUUAAAAUUGAGGAUCUUAACAUUGCCGAGGAUGAAGUUCUCAUAAUCAACUGCAUAUUCCGGAUGAAGAAUCUUGGUCAUGAAACCGAAGCAAUGAAUAGCGCAAGGGAUGAGGUAAUGAAAACUAUGAGGAGGAUGAACCCAAAGGUUUUUAUUUCUGGCACCAUAAAUGGGUUACAUAGUUCUCCCUUCUUCAUACAACGAUUCAAAGAGGUUAUGCUCCAUUACUCUUCAAUGUUUGAUAUGCUUGAUGCAAAUGUUCCACGGGAUAAUAAAGCAAGAAAGAUGAUUGAGAGGAUCCUAUUUGGGCGGGAUGCACUUAACAUCAUAGCAUGUGAGGAUGCAGAAAGGACUAGGCCAGAAAGUUACAGGCAGUGGCAAGCAAGGUGCCUCAAGGCUGGGUUCCAGCAGCUUCCUGUCGAUCCAGCCGUCUUAAAGGAAACAGUACACAUAAAGAACUCACUUUAUCAUAAGGAAUUCUUUGCUGUUGAAGAUCAUGGUUGGCUGCUACAAGGAUGGAAAGGGAGAGUACUUUAUGCUAUAUCUAAAUGGAAACCUGAUGAAAUAUAUGAUGGUCAGUAA